GCCACAUUACCUUGUGCAAAAGCCAAAAAACCCCAAAAUUUUCCCUCCACUCUCUAAUCUCACCAACUUCUACGCUGCCGGGUCUUAGCUCUGAUUCCAUGGCGUCCGAUUCCUCUCCAGCCCCUUUCAAUGACGGGCCUUCUUCACCGGAUGACUCAUUUUCCAGUCCCAUUGGCAACACCUUCUCCUCUCCUGCCGCAGAUACCUCUCGCCGGAACAGACGUAGGGGUAGAUCCACUACACCUUCAGCCUUCGCCACUCCACCUCCUCCCCAAUCCCGCUUCGCCACGUCAGAAUCUACACCGACUACUCACCGGAGCAGAUCCAAUGCACGCCAAGCUGCCGCUUCAACGCCGUCCUCCACGUCUGAGGGCCCGCCAUCUUCAGAAGGCGGCGAUUACAUGGACGAAGCCACACCUACAUUCGUUUGGGGCACCAAUAUCAGUGUUGAGGAUGUUAAGGAAAGGUUCCAGAUGUUUUUGAAGCACUAUAGGGAUAACAGUCAAAGUCUAAGCAAUGAGAUCUUCGAAGAAGGGAAGUAUGUGAAAGCUAUACGUAAAGUGCUUGAAGUUGAAGGGGAAGGGCUUGAUGUUGAUGCACAUGAUGUGUUUGAUUAUGAUUCUGAUUUAUACGCGAAGAUGGUUAGGUACCCACUCGAGGUUUUGGCCAUUUUUGAUAUUGUUUUGAUGGAUUUUGUGGGUUUAAUGGAUCCUCUUUUCGAGAAGCAUGUGCAAGUGAGGAUUUAUAAUCUCAAGACUUCUACCACAAUGAGAAAUCUUAACCCUUCUGAUAUCGAGAAGAUGGUGUCGCUCAAGGGAAUGAUAAUUCGUUGUAGUUCUAUCAUACCGGAGAUUAGGGAAGCAAUAUUUAGAUGCCUUGUGUGUGGGAACGUUGCUGGUCCAUUUCUUGUAGAAAGAGGAAGGAUAAAUGAACCUACUGUAUGCUUGAAGCAAGAAUGUCUUGCUAAGAACUCUAUGACACUGGUCCAUAACCGUUGCAGGUUUGCUGAUAAGCAGAUUGUGAGGCUCCAGGAGACGCCUGAUGAGAUCCCUGAAGGAGGAACACCACACACAGUGAGCUUGUUGAUGCAUGACAAGCUGGUGGAUGCUGUAAAGCCUGGUGACAGAGUUGAGGUCACUGGGAUUUAUAGAGCUAUGAGUGUGAGAGUUGGGCCCACUCAGAGAACUGUAAAAUCAUUAUUCAAGACUUACAUUGAUUGUCUUCAUAUAAAGAAAGCUGACAAGUCAAGAAUGCUAGCAGAGGAUCCUAUGGAAGUUGAUAAUGGCUCACGUCAAGUGGAGGAAGAUAUCCAGUUUGAUGAUGCCAAAAUACAACAAUUGAAAGAACUGUCAAAGCAGCCUGAUAUAUAUGACAGACUAACCAAGUCUUUGGCACCAAAUAUUUGGGAGCUGGAUGAUGUGAAGAGAGGUCUUUUGUGCCAGCUCUUUGGCGGGAAUGCCCUGAAGUUGCCAUCUGGUGCUAGCUUCCGUGGUGAUAUCAAUAUACUUCUUGUUGGUGAUCCAGGAACCAGCAAGUCCCAGCUGCUGCAAUACAUACACAAAUUAUCUCCCCGUGGCAUCUAUACUAGUGGAAGAGGGAGCUCUGCUGUUGGCUUGACUGCUUAUGUUAGCAAAGACCCUGAGACAGGAGAAACGGUCCUGGAGAGUGGAGCACUUGUUCUGAGUGACAGAGGGAUCUGCUGUAUUGAUGAAUUUGACAAAAUGUCUGAAAAUGCAAGGAGCAUGUUGCAUGAGGUGAUGGAACAGCAAACUGUUUCCAUAGCAAAGGCUGGAAUUAUUGCUUCGCUUAAUGCUAGAACAUCAGUUUUAGCAUGUGCAAAUCCUAUUGGCUCACGCUAUAAUCCUCGGUUGUCUGUGAUCGAUAACAUACAUCUUCCACCUACCUUGUUGUCCAGAUUUGACCUGAUAUACUUGAUUCUUGACAAGGCUGAUGAACAAACAGACAGGCACCUUGCCAAGCAUAUUGUAGCACUACACUUUGAGAAUCCUGAGACAGCACAGCAGGAUGUUCUCGAUAUCGCUACAUUAACCACAUAUAUAAGUUAUGCUCGUAAGCGUAUUCAUCCACGUUUGUCGGAUGAAGCUUCAGAAGAGUUAACUCGAGGAUAUGUUGAGAUGAGGAGGAGAGGAAAUUUCCCGGGUAGUAGCAAAAAGGUUAUAACUGCAACACCUAGGCAGAUAGAAAGUUUGAUACGCCUUAGUGAAGCUCUAGCUCGGAUUCGUCUCUCGGAAUUGGUUGAGAAGCAUGAUGUGAUCGAGGCAUUUCGACUUCUUGAAGUUGCAAUGCAACAGUCAGCAACAGAUCACUCCACUGGAACUAUUGACAUGGAUCUCAUCACAACUGGAGUUUCAGCAAGCGAAAGGAUGAGAAGAGAGAAUCUUGUAUCAGCAACUCGGAAUAUAAUUAUGGAGAAGUUGCAACUUGGGGGACCUUCAAUGCGCCUGUUGGAGUUACUGGAAGAGUUGAAGAAGCAGAGCUCUGGCAACGAAGUUCACCUUCAAGAUCUGAGAAAUGCAGUUGCAACUCUAUCAAGUGAGGGAUUUGUAGUUACCCAUGGCGACAGUGUAAAAAGAAUAUAGUUUGGAGAACCAAAACCAGCCAUAGCUAAAUUAGUUUAACUAACUUAGGAAAGAGAAAAAGUAUUGGAAUUCUGUGACUGAAUAACAAAACUCCGCCUAUUCUGAAACCUUGGUGUAUGACUAGGGAAACUUGUCUAGUUUUGCUCGACCGGAGUUGAAUUGCUUAUUAUAUAUUACAUGAUUGUAAAUUCUUUUGUAUUCUGAAUCA